GACCAAGAAGAUCCAAGGAGACCGGCUCUAAAAUCAAGACCUGAUGGAGGACUAAGAGGGAAAAAAUGAAUAUGGUGUUUGCUCACAGAAUGGAUAACAGCAAGCCACCUUUGGUUACUCCGACACUUCUGGUGGUGCCCUUCCAAAACCACAGCCGCCCUGAAACAGCCGCACCUCCACCAAGCCAUGACCUGCCGGAAUUAUAUGAGGAGCAGGGCUGGAUGAGCAACAAGACAGACCUGCAGUAUGGACUGAGACCUGGGGAAGUGGCCACAGCCAGCAUUUUCUUUGGGGCCCUGUGGUUGUUGUCUGUCUUUGGCAAUUCCCUGGUUUGCUUGGUCAUCCACAGGAGUAGGAGGACUCAGUCCACCACCAACUACUUUGUGGUCUCCCUGGCGUGUGCUGAUCUUCUCAUCAGCGUGGCCAGCUCACCUUUUGUCCUGCUGCAGUUCGCCACCGGCAGGUGGACACUGGGUAGCGCCAUGUGCAAGGUCGUGCGGUACUUUCAGUAUCUCACCCCUGGCGUGCAGAUCUAUGUUCUCCUCUCCAUCUGCAUCGACCGGUUCUAUACCAUCGUCUAUCCUCUGAGCUUCAAGGUGUCCAGAGAAAAAGCCAAGAAAAUGAUUGCAGCGUCGUGGAUCUUCGAUGCAGCCUUCAUGGCUCCUGUGUUCUUUUUCUACGGGUCCAGCUGGGACAACCAUUGUAACUAUUUUCUCCCUUCCUCUUGGGAAGGGACAGCCUAUACUGUCAUCCAUUUCUUGGUGGGCUUUGUGAUUCCAUCUGUCCUCAUAAUCUUAUUUUACCAGAAGGUCAUAAAGUAUAUUUGGAGAAUAGGCACUGAUGGCCGAACUGUGAGGAGGACAAUGAAUAUUGUCCCAAGGACAAAAGUGAAAACUAUCAAGAUGUUCCUCAUUUUAAACCUAUUGUUUUUGCUCUCCUGGCUGCCUUUUCAUGUAGCUCAGCUGUGGCACCCCCAUGAACAGGACUACAAGAAAAGUUCCCUUGUGUUCACAGCGAUCACAUGGAUAUCCUUUAGUUCUUCAGCCUCUAAACCUACUCUGUAUUCGAUUUAUAAUGCCAGUUUUAGGAGAGGAAUGAAGGAGACUUUUUGCAUGUCCUCAAUGAAAUGUUACCGGAGCAAUGCCUAUACUAUAACAACCAGUUCACGGAUGGCCAAAAAAAACUAUGUUGGCAUUUCAGAAAUCCCUCCCACGGCCAAAACUAUCACCAAAGACUCAAUCUAUGAUUCAUUUGACAGAGAAGCCAAGGAAAAAAAGGUGGCUUGGCCCAUUAACUCAAACCCACCAAACACUUUUGUUUAA